AUGAACAAUUAUGUUUACGGAUAGAAUUGUAAUGAUAUAUUUUGAAUAUUUUUAGAGUAGAUACUAAUAUAGCAAUUGUUCUAAAAGAUAGAGUAGUUGAUGGUAGAAAUAUAAAAAUUAACUAAUUUUUCUAAUUAAUUAAUAAUGAAUCUAUAAACUUAGGAAAAUUAAUACAAUACACUUAAGAGAUAAUUUAAUGAUAUAUGGAGUUAAUUAAGUGAUAAAUAAAAGAUCUGGUUUAAUUUAAAAAAUAAUACUUAACAUUAUACUUUAUCAAAUGAAGCAUUUGUAAUGUCUAAUUUAAUAACUGAUAUAAAGAGUAGAGUAUCAGAAAUUUAAUAAUUUAACUCUUAUUAAUAGGAUUAUUGUAAAUAGAAAAAAUGUUAAUUAUGUUAAGAGAAAGAUUACACAAUAAGUAACCUAAAAGCAUAAAUAUAAAAAUAAGCAGAAAUUUUAUUAAAAUUGCAAUGUAUAAAUUAUUAAAUUAAAUAAUAGCUGAUAGUGAAAUGACAAAACCUUAAUAUUAAAAUUGUUUUGGAAAUUAUUAAAAUUAAAGAAUCCAUACUGAAGGAUUAACGAGAUAAAGAUUUGCAUCUCAAAAACUUUUUUAAAGUAAUUUAAGUACUGCAACAGCUUCUGGAUCAAAAUUUUGA